GCGCCACCACGAGCCACCAGUCCACCCCCAUGCUCCACCGCGAAGCCACGCCCAGCCCCUGAACCGAAACUGCCCCUGCUUUUCCCUCCACCGUGCAUCACCACCGCCAGCUCCUCCACGCACAGAUCAGGCGCAAGUUUCAACUCCCUUAGGAGCUUGAAUCAUACAAACUUCUAUAGUUGUUUCUUACACGAUGUUGGUUAAUGUUGCAGAAUGUUGAGGAGCUGCAAUCUCUCUGGCUUAUGUAGGAUCACAAACACUGCAGAGUAUCAUUUUAUUAGGCACUGGAAAAGCACACAGACUUGAAUAAAAAUCUGUCCUUCAACCAGCUUCUACAAAUAUCAAAUUCGUCUUCCCCUGAUCUCACAUCAUUAAUUACCAGAACAGAUUUACUUUGAAGUAUUCGCAAUUGACAUCCUGAAAAUUAAGAAAGAGAAGAAAAGGGAGACAUUGAAUUCAAAUGAAACUCAUGAUGUACAGUCGACAUUGCAGCAGCUUCCAAGGACACUGUGAGUUAAGAUCCAGUGACAUGAUUUUCUACUGUAAUGGGAUCCUUAUGGCUACUCAGUCUUAUAUACCUAUCUAAUCCAAACAAUAUUUCCAUUAUUUUCUUUAUUAAUCAGAAUGGUUGUGCAGCCAUAGUUAUUCAUAUUAUAUCUUAAUCAUAUAACCUUAAUGUUUUGAAUUGCUUAAAUAUAUCAAUGGAAUUCUUUUCUUAUGGUAAAAAGCAGAUCAUGAGUGUUUCAAAAUGGUAUUGAGGCAUUCUGGCUUUUGUUUAGAGGUAACAAUUAGUGGAGCCAUACUAUAUGUUUCUGCUCACUUAGCAUGUAAUUUGUCACGUAGAUGUGGUGUGAAGCAGCCCAGGUUUGUCACAUAGAGGUAUUGUGAACUGACAUGGUAUUCAUCUCCUCUCGUUUUGCUCUCUUUUUCUUUUUUAAUGUUUAUAUUUUCCAGUCAUCUCCUGUAAAACAAUAAAUCGUUUGAAAAUAUAUUCAAUUAAAUGUUAUAUAGCUCAUACUUCAGCUAAAUUUGCUAGAGCUUCCAUCAAUACAGUUUAUACCCUUUGAUUGGAAAAAAAAAAAAAUGCUUUGUCGAACUUACCAAAUAAGAAUUUCUCGAAGCAGAAUAAAAUAUAAUUGAAAUCAUUGCUUGAACACUCUUCUCUUCAACUUCUAGAAGAGAAGAGUCUAUCCAUGACGAGAACACUUAUACUUUAGAUGUCUCAAUGAUAUAAGUGUCUCAAUGUCUCUAGCAUGACUUGAACACUUAUAUUUUGGUAAAUUUGCUAGAGACAUUUAGCUCAUACUUUAGCUAUCCAUGACUUGAACACUUAUAUCAUUGAGACAUUGCUUGAACAUUCUUCUCUUCAAAAAACCAAAACUACUGCCUUCCUCUAUUAAGCCUAUGCGGGGUGGUAAUUAUUUCUUCCCUAGGACUUCCUUUUAUUGCUUGUCUGCAACUGAAGUAUGGAAUAAAAUGGUUAUUGUUGUUCAUUUCCUUUGUGUCAUUGUCAUUUCCUUCUCUUUUCUUUCUUCUUAGUAAAUAUAAGUGUUUAUGAUGCAGCUGUAUUUGGUUAACGUGGUUAUUACUUGUUUGUUAUGAGUUGAUACCUAGAGUCAUAUAUACUUCAGUUUUCAAGUAAUAUAUAUAUUUUUUUAAAUUUUGUAGGUCAAAUGCAUGCAUAUGGACCACAAAUAAAAAUUUAUGAAUGAUCUCAUGAACAACAUAGGAAGUCUAUAAUAUGCUAUACGUGAAGGCCUCUGCGCUGGGUUAUAAUGGUGUACAACUAUUUACAGAAACUUGUCCAUGGUGCAAAGCUAUUGGAAACCAAGCAAAUUGGAGCUAUGUAUGUCAAUGCACUACUAUAUCACUACUCGGGACUAUCCCAUCAAGAGCCUUUACCUCGUGAAUGGUAUGAUCAAGCUUUUCCAAAGAUCAUAAAAUUGAGCCACUCGUUGAGAAAUGUGGAUUGGGUUGAUGGAAGGCUGGUUGACGCAAGUAAUGAUUCGAUAGUCUAUGAUGAUCAAAUCGAACACAGGUUGCGAACUUUCAAGUCCAUGGCCAGGGUCUUUAUUGGGUCUCCAUCAGUUCAGCAAGUGGUUCGGGGAAACGUGACUACCUUUUCGGCGGUGAGUGCCAACUGCACACCACUUACUUGUUUCAGUGCACCUAGUGAAAGAGAGCCCAUGAUUGUGAAUUCGCUUACCAAAGUGAGCAACUUCCUGAACAUUUCCGCGCAGCAAAGGAAGCUCGUUCGUCUCACUGUAUGCCCACAGGUCACGCAACAACGGAUAUGGAUUGCUGCACUUGAGGAGAUACUCAAUGGAUUGAAAAUUGAGUUGGAUUUGUUAACUUGUCGACGUCCAAGCAAAGGGACCGAGAUGGGUCAGCAGAUAGUUUCUAGCUGUCUAAAAUUCUUGGAUGACACAGCUGUUUCCUCUAACCAUGACUCCACUUCAUGGAUGCGGCUUGUGCCUGCAAAAGUUGUUGACUGUUCUGCUUCACAUAAAUGGGAAGACGUGCUUGAGAUGUUCAAUGACCUCAUUGAUUGUUUGAAGAGCGAGAAGGACUUGUGUUUGCUUCUGGUGAAGCUAGAGGUCAUGAAAGAGGGACUUUCUCAAAUCAAGGAUGUAUUGAUUGAUAAAAGUAUAGGGUACAAGGAAGCUCGACAUCAAGAGAGUCUAGUACAGAAGAAGCUCUCCAAGACACUUGGUCAUUCAUCCAAGUGCUUGUUCACACUUCUGUUAUAUUAUCUAUGCGGACAUGUUAGAGAUAUCGAAGUGGAUAUAUGUGGUGGAAUUUAUAGCAUUGAUGAGGACAGGUUUUGCUUGUGCAUGGGAAGUAUUUUGACUACAGAAGAGGAGAAGAUUGUCCGGAGUGGGGUGAGGCAGUUGGAUAGAGCUCUUCGGCUUUUCAAGUUUGUAUGGGAAACUGCCGGGAUGAAGGCAGUUUUGGAGCCGCAAGGCCAUUUAUGGUGUGUUGGGGCUGAGGGUAGGGUGCUUACGUAUAGAGAAAAUAUGUACUUGUUACAUGGGAUAAAUCUUUGACAACAAAAAAUUCCCUAAUCAAAUCGGUUCAAAAUUUUUUGAACCAUUUUUGUGGUCAAAUUAUGUUUUUUUUUUUUUUUUUUUCAUUCAUUAUUGUAUGAAAACACCCACUUGUCAGAUUGAAAAUUUUGAACUUUCAAUUUUCAAA